AUGCCCAAGUCCGCACACUCCUUUGAAGGCGCCACCGUGGAGGACCACGCCGCCAUGAAGAAGCAGUGGCAGACCAACCUAGAGAUCGACCUGCUAAAGAGCGCCUGGAUCCGCAAGGACCGCGAGCAGCACGGCGCGCACGCGGCGCCCCCGCUCUCGGCCGCCAAACAUCGUCGUUUCCGCUCAAAACGCGCAGCACGUCGCAGCUCUGGCGGCGAUGAUCAAAUCGUCGCCAAUCCUCUUCUCCGCGACUUCAGCGCUUUUGCAGUCACUUGCCGCGACAUGAAGGGGCGACCUUUCGCUCCACGUGGCGGUGUAAGCAAGGAUUGCCACCGUCGUCGUAUCAAGUUUACGUGUGUGGCUACGAGGGCACUUUGCCAACGCCAGUCUGUUUUAGCAGCCAUUACGAUGGCGGCAGCUCAAGCCGCUGAUGUUGAAGGCAACAAGAUGACCCGGAUGGCAAUGUGGCUACUGUACAUUGUACCG